AUGGGAGAUAGGAAUCAUUUACUAAAGCGGAGGAAAGAGCAGGAACAAGAACUCUCCUCAAGAGGCAUUUUGGGUAGGUUACUCAACGAGGUUAUAUGGCUCGCUGCUAUUAUCCGUAAAAUGUUGCGAUAUCAGCUAGAAGCCAUGCUACAGAAAGACAAUUCGAAGCCUCCUUUUUAUCACACAGGUUACCAAACAAAGAUCACCAUCACUGCACAUAUGACCCAAAUGAGGUUGAUUGAUACGUCGGAAAGCGAUUUCACAUUUUAUUACUACCAAAUUUGGAACGAUCCUAGACUCAAAUUUCCCUUCGGAAACAACUCGGACAUCGACAGGAAUACUUACCACGUGGUCCGACGUAAAUACUUCGGAAACAUAUGGCUGGCAGAGAGCUACAUCGAAAAUGAGUUACGCUCACAUAUCCACGAUUCGUCAAUGUCCAAUCGUUUUGUAUGGCUUCUUUCGAACGGAACUGUCGUAUACAGCAUGAGAAUGACUGUGGGGCUAUCGUGUGAUCUGAGAGGCGUUCUAUUCCCCAACGGUCUAUAUGAUUGUUUGAUGAAGUUCCGGAUCCAUUCGUACACAACGGACCAGGUAUCAAUGGAGUGGGAUUCCGUCAACAAACCGCAGAUAAAUGUAGAUUUUGACAACUCAGAAGUGGCGGUUCAUGCAUGGCAGUUCUCUAAGUGCUCCUCAGAUACAAGUGCAGUUGUUGAUAGCUCCUGCUUACAGCUGUUGGUAAACAUUCACUUCAGCUUUGCCAGUAACGCUGCACGAUUGUUUUUGCCGAGUAUUUUUAUCGUCCUUGUGGGAUGGCUGAGUUUUUGGAUAGAGCGGUCGGAGGUAUCCUCAAGGGUAAAGCUCGGAACGUUGUGUCUGUUAGCCAUGAUCACCGAACAAGUGGGGACAAAGUUGUUACUGCCAGUCGAAUUCAAUAUAUCAUCGGUAGAGGUGUGGUUUGUGAUGUCUCUAACUUUCGUUGUGGUGGCCAUGUUUGAAUAUACGUUUGUACAUGCUGUAGAUAUCUUCCAAGAAAAGGUAAAACGACAAGAGGAAAUGAAAAAGAAAAUCCGUACACAGACAGGUGGAAUCGGGGAUACCCAGGACAUCAAGCAGAGAAGCAAUGUAGAUCUUAUCGACAUGAACACACUCUCAUCGGAUGGUUCUGCAAGUGGAGAAACAACCGGAAAUAGAAAUGAUGACCUGAUGAACACCUUCGGUGCCAAAUAUAUCAUGAUGGUGCCGACAGGUGUCGUUGAGAAGUACUUCCGGAUCCUGUACCCGGUUGCCUAUCUCUUCUUCCAGUUCCUGUUUUGGACAAUCUACCUUAAUUACGAAGAAGUAUAUGAAUAAAAUCGAACUCUAAAGUGUAACAGAUAGGUAUUACCGAAGACCUGGAAACCGUUGUGGGAAAACAGUGUUAAAGUUGAUUUAUAAAUAAAACUACACGCGUGUCUUGGAAAACUUAUCAAAAUGUCCAUGACGUAGCAGUCAAUACCUGCUCACAAAAGAAGAGAACUCUGCAAUACGCAAGGACGGAAUAUCGUAUAACCUAAAGAAAAUGAGGCAGAUUGAGAAAGUGAUGACGUCGUUAACCGCUAUGUUUGGCGCUGUAUUCGUCAAUCUAAAACUUCUUGUAUGAUUGCAGUUGCUCGACGACGAAAUUUCAGUGUAGUAUUGUGUUUUGGGAAAAACACUCUUGUUUUAUCAAAAUUGAAUAAAUGAU